AUGCUUAGGGCCGGUAAAUUGGCACAUAAGCUCAAUAGAGGCUUACCCUUGGUGAUAAGAUGUGGUUUUCAUCAGACGGCAAUUCCUUUGGCUGCCUCAGUCUUCAGAAUGCCAGCUAUGUCACCCACCAUGACAGAGGGAGGAGUUGUAUCAUGGAAGUACAAGCCAGGCGAGAAAUUCUCUGGUGGCGAUGUUUUAUUAGAGGUAGAAACCGACAAGGCUACAAUUGAUGUUGAGGCCCAAGAUGAUGGCAUUUUAUGGGAAAUAUUGGUUAACGAAGGCAGCUCAGAAAUUCCAGUAGGACAGCCCAUCGCUUUCUUGGCUGAGCAAGGGGAUGAUUUGAAUACCUUAGAGAAGCCACCAUUAGAUGAUGCGAAGGAUGUACCGAAAAAGAAGGAAGCGUCGUACGAAGGACCCUCAGAAGGACCGCCCAAGAAGGAAACAACAUCUGCAUCGAAGGACAAUAAUUCAAGCGAUCAGAAACCUUUGUCAGGACUGUCAGAUAUAUUUCAAAAGGCGAAUCCUAAUCAAAAAUUUUCUCCUUCGGUGGAAAUAUUAUUGCAUGAAAAUGGUUUAUCUAGAGAAGAUGCGAUUUCAAAGAUACAAGCAUCAGGUCCAAAUGGGAGAAUCUUGAGGGGUGACGUUUUAGCUUAUUUGCAUGAUAUUGAUAUAUCUUCAGUCGAAAAAAUAGCAAAGUUCGUGAAAUCUAGACAACAUUUGGAUUUGUCUAAUAUAGUUUUAGCCGAGAAAAAAGAUCAGAAGCAAGCUGAGAGAACCCCUGAACAGCGUAAUGUCCCUAAGAAUAUUGUCUCCGUUGAGUUGAUCUCUGUUUUGGGUGAAGAUGUUCCCAAUGAAAAGUUUAAAUAUGCUUUUGAAAGAUCUAUUGAAUCGUCCAUCAGAACAACUUAUGCUAUGCGGUACCCUGAGUUCGCACGUUCUCCAACCGCGUCGUCAACUGAAAAGGAUCCUUUUGAUGAUAUAAUUGAUCCAUUGGUAACUCAAUCCAGAUUUCUGGUAUUCGAUAUAAAAUAUAAUUUUUCUGGUGGUUCACCUGCUGCCCUACAAAGUAAGAAAGGUGAUGCUUUUGAUGAAAUUUUGGGUAUUUCUCAAUCUCAAGCUACUGCUUCGGAGGUCGCAAGUAAAGUUAAAGUCGAAUUCAAAAUCAAGUUUGACGAAAAAUUAUCAGAUGCUAAAAAGUUUGUAGAUCUCUUCGAAGAGUCUUUAAUUUCACAGACACCUACAAACGAGAUAAAGAUUUCAUGA